AGCAAUCCAAGUAAGAUGGCUGCGGAAAAAAACAGUGGUUGUGAAAUCACGAAACGGGAUGUUGAUCUCUAGUUAACAGACUGCGAGGCAGACUGCGCUGUGGAGUGUUUAAUUUGUUAGCCUCUCCAGCUGCGUGUUUGGUAGGUAGCCACGUCUCCCCUGGCGAGGCUUCUAGCAAGACUGCUGCACUGACACGUAGGAAUUAACUAGCAGCUAGCCUUUAGCUGCCCACCAGCAACAAGCUAGCAGGCAGCCGUGGAUAUCAGCGCGUCUAAGCAACUGAGCCUCCCUGAGAAGCCUGCACAUACACAGAGGUUGUGGUUGACAUCCGGCCCAGGGUGAAAACCUUGUCAAGAUAACUUGUUGCUUGCUGGCCUCUGGAACCACUGGGUGUCUGCUGGACCAGAGCCAUCAUGAAGAUUUAGCUUCAACUCUGGCAAGCCUCACUUCAGCCCAGUGUCUCUCCUGGCUGGCUAUGGAGUGGUUGUGGCUUCAGACUGGAUGACAGGGUCUACAGGGAGAGCAGGGUCACACAGCUUCUAAAGCAGCAGUGGGCUUUACCAGACUGACACUGACUGUCAGCCCACUUGCUGCUCCGGCAACCAAUUUCUUCUCCUACAUCCCUACAUCUAUCUAUACUUUUUCUUGGUCCUCAAUCCUUUGUUACCCCCUCCCUCCCCAUUCCCUUCCUCUUCCCCCUCCCGCCUCUUCCCCUUCUCCUUUUCCCACCCUUGCCUCUCGCCCCCACCCCACCCCCUUUCUCUGUCCUUUGGCUCCCUCCGCACUUCAGCCUUCUCUUCAUUGUCCCAGUGCUCCCUCUCCUGCCUGGAGUCGGUGUGACCUUUUGACCCGUCUCCUACUGUGUCCAGUAUGAGCUGGCUUAGCAGGUUGAACCCACGGGGUCCCGGGAGUCGGUCCAGUCGAGGCGCUGCCCCCUCCAGCCCAUGCACUGCUGACCCAGAGACCUGCCUUAUGGUGUUUGAGAACCACUGGAGACAGGUAUCCUGGGUGCUGGAGCAGCGUGAGCCUUCGUCCUCCAGCGAUGACUUGACAGCAGUGAGGAACCACACUGACCAGAUGCUGUGCCUGCUGGCAGAGGAACGGCCUGCUGAGGGCUCAGAUGGCAGCUCCACCAUGCCACCAAUGGGCCCCAUACUGGAAAUGGUGGUAACUGAGAACAUUCUGGACCACCUCGUCCAGUGGCACCUCCGCCGCGGCCUGGACCCAGACAGCCUAGGGGCACUGCUCAAGCUCUUUGAGAUGCUGAUCGGCCAGUCCCAGCAGCCCCUGCUCCAGCACACAGCUGUUCUCCAGCCUCUGCUGGGGCUGCUGGGAGCUUGUGCUGACCCACAGCUUGGCUGUCCCCCACCUCUGGAGAACAGCCUGGUGCUGCUUCUCAACCAGGUGUGUGUUUCCAUGGCACGGCAGCCGGUGGUUCUGGAGAUGUUUUUCCGGGCAGCGCCAGCCCAACAAGGCCCAACCAACCUGCUGAUCUUCUCCCUCCUGGUGCCAUUCAUUCACCGGGAUGGAGCCAUUGGCCAGCAGGCCCGUGAUGCCCUGCUGUUGGUCAUGGCCACCUCAGCCAGCCAUGAAGCCGUGGCUCGAUACAUUUCUGAGAACUCUUACUUCUGUCCGGUGUUGGCCACAGGUCUCAGUGCGCUCUACUCCUCGCUGCCCAGGAAGAUCGACGUUAGGGGUGAUGAUUGGCAUGCCCUGCGGCAAGAGGACUGGAUGGGCGUAUCGUCUCUGGUGCUGUUCAUGAACUCCCUGGAGUUUUGCAACGCUGUGGUGCAGGUUGCUCACCCCCUGGUCCGCUCCCAGCUUCUGGACUACCUCCACAAUGGCUUCCUAGUGCCUGUCAUGGGCCCUGCCCUGCACAAGUCAUCCGUGGAUGAGAUGAUUGCCAGCACAGCCUACCUGGACCUGUUCCUGCGCAGCGUGACCGAGAUGGCCCUCCUCAAAACGUUUUUGCGUUUCAUCCUGCUGCAUCGGCAUGACAACGACACCAUCCUGGAUACACUGCUCACACGCAUCAGCAGUAAUUCAAGGCUCUGCAUGGUGUCUUUGAGCCUCUUCAGGACUCUUCUCUCCUUAAACUGUGAAGACCUCAUGCUGCAGCUUGUUCUCAGGUAUCUGCUGCCCUGCACCCACGUCAUGCUGAGUCAGCGCCGUGCUGUCAGGGAGACUGAUAUGUACGGAAAGUCAGCAGACAAGUUCCUGUCACUCAUCCCAAAGUGCUGCCGCCUUAGCACAGCGCCUUCUGGUGAUCGGGAGGAUGAUACUGCAUUCUGGGGUAAAGCACUCAACAGCCCCAGCUCCGAGUCUCCUGCCCAGCCCAGACCUAGCACUCCGUCCCGCCUGGCCUUCUUCAUCCGUCAGCAGAGCAGUGGAGGUGGAUCAGGAGGAGGGGGUCCCUCUACCCCAACAAGCACCGAGCCAGUGCCCUCCUCCCCUCGCGGCAUUGGACCUCCCGCCUCCCUGCCCUUGUCCCCUGAUAGCCCCAUGCACCAGCAACAAGCCUCCAUUGAGUGUCUGGACUGGGAGUCGGGUUACCUCGAGUACCUCCGCGACGCCCGACGGGGAAUUGAGCUUUGCUCCUGGGCCUGCAGAGACUGGUCAGCCCCCUACGAUGGCGAGAACCCCUCCCCAAGUGUGGCCCCUCCACCCUCACCACCCCCCACCUCCAAUCCCUCCUUGGCUAUGUUCCCUGAGCAUUUCUCUUUCCAGCAGGGAGGAACCCCUCCAGCUCAGCAGAGGGCAGCCAUCGUGGCAGCGGCACGGUCUGAAUGGAGCAGCUCAGAGCGGGACAGUGGAGAGUGGGACAUCACCAUCGGUAAAAACAACUGCAUCAGCCUCACGCCACGCUCUAAGAAACGCAGUCUGCAGAGAGAGGAGCUCCUAACCAAACCUGUACCUCCUCUCCUCCCUCCCCCAUCACCGUCACCUGCCCCUCUGUCGUCCACUUCUCUUCCCCCCUCUUCCUCAGCCCCUCAUCUCCACACUUCGGCCAUCACUGUUAGCCAUCAGGCAAUGUUCAACGGAUUGAUGGGGCAAGGGGACCAGUGCUCGGACAGUCAGGAAAGAGGGAUGGAGGCAAAAAAGGUCAAGAGAGACUUGGGUGCACAGCAGCAUUUGGAUGAAAACUCAAAUCAAAAUGGAUCCCUCGUUAGCUGUCCCUCCCAAACUUGCAUUGCUCCCCUGCAGUCAAUGUACAGCGAUAACAUCAGUGAUGAUAAGCCUCUUUGUCCGAAACAGACUCCCUCUCAGAGUUCCCACACCCAGUCAACACUGGACACCAUGUCGCUGAGCAGUGACAGCCCAAAAACACAUGGUGCACCAUCAGGUCUUCCAGAGGCCUCCAUAAAAGACCACGGGUUUCAGUCUGUGGAGAGCCUCAUCGAGGAGCUUUUAGAACAGGCGCCAGGAGACCAUCAGCUGCUCGGAGACUCCAACGGCCAGGGCAUCAGCAUCGAGGCCUUUACCCAGGAACUGAGGGAGCUGGAGGACAGGGUGAGGGAACGGAGCAAAACAGCUCGCCAACACGAGGACACCUCCAGAGACCCUUUGUCUGCUGUCAGGCAGGAGGAAGAGCCCCCACCAUCCUCACCCCUCCAGGCUGAGCUGACAAGCAUGGGUGAGGCCAAGGGAGAGAGCUCUGUGGUGGGACUCUGUAGUCCUGCCAGACCCUUGGGUCAGCCUGCCUCGCAGCCUUACACAGGUCCAUUCAUGGUGGUUUUGUUUGCCAAACUGGAGAACAUGCUCCAAAACUCGUUGUAUGUCAAUAUCCUGCUGACAGGCAUCGUGGCCCAGCUGGCCUGCUAUCCUCAGCCCCUGCUGCGCUCCUUCCUUCUCAACACCAACAUGGUCUUCCAGCCCAGCGUCAAGUCACUUAUCCAGGUCUUAGGUUCUGUUAAGAACCGUAUUGAGGCAUUUGCGGACUCCCAUGAGGACUUCCCUGCCAUGUUGAGGAAAGCCCAGCGGUAUCUGGCAGCCCGGGGCAAAGUGGACUGGACUGACUCACCCAUGGCUGUCCCCACCCUGCGGCGAUCUGAUUCACUGGUGAAGAGUCGUAAGCCUUCGCUGGGUGAUCUGAUCCUACGCCACACCAACAGCCCAACCCGGGCCCGCCAUGCUGCUCAGUUGGCCUUGGCACACGUACGGGACGGCAGCCAAUCACUGCACAGUGCUCUGUUCCGGGGCGGGGCCAGCGGCACGGGAGGAGCCUCUGGGCUGGAGAAGCAGGCAGAGGCAUUGCGGGUGAAGAAUGCAGUCUACUGUGCUGUUAUCUUCUGCGAGUUUCUCAAGGAGCUGGCCGCCCUGGCUCAGGAGCACGCUGUUGCUAUGCCCUUCCCCCAUAGCCAGGGUGUAGAGGAGUAGAGGGUGAAGUCCAACUUCUCACUUCCAUUGCAGCCUCUUUGUGUGAUUGUUAGCAGAGUUAAAAAAGAAUGAGUUUAUUAGCUCUAGGCGCAACCCGGAAGAUUGCACUGACAUCCUCUCACCAUCUGAGAGCAGACAUCGAGCACUGAGACUGCUUCUUCUGCCAUAGGAUUGAAAAGGGAAGUCAAUGAGUCACGUAAUAGUAAGAUAGAAUCAAUGGCAUUUUUCUGUGAAAAUAAGCGUAGGACACCUAUAUGAGUGGAACUCACCUGUAAAAUUUAAUGAUACCGUGCAUAUCAUUUAUAAUAUUUAUGUAUAUAUCAUACACAGAAAAUCUCAGUAGAUGCUCUAGGGUAGGGAGCAUAUACAUACACAUACCGUGCAAUGGUAAAUUGUAAGUAAAACCACAGAUUAAAGAAGUAGGUGCACACACUUGGUGCUAGUCUGCACUCCUUAUAUUUUAAGUUCAGAUCAAGUUUUUUGCAGGCGGCACAGUGGAAAAGAGGUUUAUUGUUUGUUUUUUUUCCCUUGACAAAUGUAAGACAAAGAUUAAAAAACUGGUCUCUUGUUUGGCAGAAAAGAGCGGUGACGAUGUAGGCUAUUCAAUCAAUUCUUCCUCAAAGUAUCCAAUCAGCUUUGGCUGUCUCUCUAGGACGUACCUUUUAAUGGUAUCACCUCACCUCAGCCAUGGACAGAGCGUUGGGUCCUCCAUCCAGUGGAAAAACAGCAUCUGUUGGGAUUGGCCAAUAACUUUGGAGCAUCUCACAUGGAUGUAGUUGUUUUUUAAUAUGCUACAUGCAACACCUCAUUGUUGGAGAGACUAGUCAUCGGUGAACAGGGUGACAACUGGAGAGAGAACGACACUUUGACCCCGAUGAAUCAAUGCUAUUUACUGGAGAACAUUUUGGGUAAAUCAGCUUUCAGUCUAAGGCCAUUUCUUCAUAUUUUGUGAUUUUUUGUUGUAAGUACACCAUUUUCUAGACAUAUCAGCAACAUGUGGGAGUCCGUGGUCAUCAGCUUGUAUCUCUUUUUUUUCCUUUAAUUAUGGUUGUGUAUUGAUGAACUUAUUUUUUAAGAAUGACUCCAUGUAAGAGAUGAUGCCAGCUCUUCAGUCCAUGCUCCUUUUGCCAUAAGUGAAGCUGGGGGAUUGUAGUCAGUACGGCUCGCACAGUUCAUAGCCGUCUUGUCGUCUCGUCUUUGAAAGAAGCUGGAGUCUGAGAGCUAGAUGGGAUAGGAAUCUUUCUAGGAAGCUUUGGGAAAAUUUUUAACUGACACUUAACCCUUUAUAGGGCACUCAUUGAAAUACUUUGAAAUUCAAAAAAACAACCCUAGACUGUUAUUAGAGAACA